UAUUUUUUCUUCUGCUGAUAUUCGUAAGUUUACAUACGUAAGUAUGCAUUCAUGAAUGUAUGUACAGAAAACCAGCUUUUCGUUUUUCAACCAUGGUAACUUGCCAAUCUUGUGUUGAACCGUUUUUCAUUUCUUGUAUUACCACCUUUUCAUGUAUUGUGUAUGCAUUGGGGCUAAUUUUAAACAUCUUAACUUAAGAACUGACGAUUACAGCAAGAGACAAGUGGUACAAGAGAAAAGUUACCCAAAAUACUCAAUUUAAUGACAGCUCCGGUGUGUAUACAUAGCAAAGCGAAAAGACAAGAGAAUGUAGCAAACACUGUCAGUGCUCAACUACGAUUUAAUCUAGUGCACGCAUGUGUGUGUAAAUGUUAAUUUACUUGCGAACUAUUUCGAGAAUAGAAAUAUAUAUGUAUAUAUGUUUUUCAUGUAUAUAAGCAUUGCAAAAACGCUAAAUUUGAAAUUAUUAAAUUGUUAGCGGAGCCUGGUCGUUUGAUUGUGCGGCUUAUUGUCGAUAGUAGUCGGUAGAAUUCUAGUAAUAGAAAUUAUCAGAAUCCCUGAAGUCAGUUGUGAAAAAUACUAAAGUGAUUUGGUGAUCAAAAUGCUAUAUUCAUAGCUGUAUUAGAAUGCUUUAUUAACUAGUGUACAUAAAGUUAUUCACAAUUUGUAUAGAGUGUUUUAAAAGAGCAAAAGAGACAAAUAGCUCAACAGUUUGGAAAGGAGACGUGAAAAGAAAAGAAAUAAUUGGAAGAGAGAGAUAAAAGCUUGAUUGCGUCAACGCUUUUUGCAAAUUGUGCUCAAGUUUACACCUUGACGACAAACGACACAAAUCAAAACAAAGUUGCGAUUUCAUAUUCAAAUUUAAAAGCGAAUGACAACUAAGCGAUACUUUUUUUUUUUUUUGUUUUGUUUUACAAUUAGUGUAGAGCACUUUCAUGUCAGUAACCUUUAAUAAAUUUACCGAAAAGAUGUAACUCAAUGAUAUCGAAAACAUCACAAAAUCAACUUGAAAAUCAUAUCGGAUUUCCGGAAAAUAAAAUAAGAAAGUUCAAUAAAACCGAAGAAAGAUAUUAAGAGUCUUAAGUGGAUUAAGACAAAGAAAUCGGAAAGUACAUAAUAAAAUGUUCUCGUUUCAUAAACCACGAGUUUAUCGCUCGGCUGAAGGAUGUUGCAUUUGUCGUGCAAAGUCGAGUAGUUCACGUUUUACUGACUCACGUAAAUACGAACAGGACUCAAUGAAAUGUUUCAAUUUGAAAUAUCCUCGUCAUGGAGAGAUUUGCAAUGCAUGUGUUUUGCUGGUGAAACGUUAUAAACGGCUUCCAGGGGGCAGCACCCGACAUUGGGGACAUGUGGUUGAUGCUCGUGCGGGACCCGGAACGAAAUCAAUUUCAAAACACAAAAAGAGUCGAGAUGAUUCAGAAACUACAGCUCAUAGUGCUUCAAGUAAUAAUACAAAUACUCGCCGGGCACCAAAUUCAAAGUCACUCAUUCCUGAAAAAUUUUCCAAAAUAUUUAAAAAGAGUAAAAAAAGUAAAAUAGGCGCCGGUGCCUGUCCCGAAAGGAAAGCCGAUGAAUGUAGACGAUCUUCUGUCGCUGAGUUAAAAACAUGGAAUGACCAACAUUUGUUUUCUGCAACACUAGAUUCAAUGGAUAGCGACUAUGAAGAUAUGGGCGAGGGCGGAGAAGUUUACGAGUCGAAACGAGGAAACGUAAAUGUAAAUAAUUCAACUGUGCAAUUUCAAACACAAACGCGUGCAUCUGCAAACCGUGCCACCCGAAGGGCUACCAAUAUUAGUAAUGUCUCCAACAAUUAUUGUAAGAGUCCACUAAAAACAGGAAGCAAACGACGUAAAUGUAUGCUUCCUAUUCGAAAUCGGUCCACAUUAAAACUUGUCAAUGACAAAGCACAAUUCUUUGAUGAGACGGAAUGGCAAGAACGUAAAACUUGCUGUGGCAUGAUGUAUUUAUGUCCAUCGUUAGCUGGAGCAAUACUACUCGACAUUGACAAAUUUGAAGUCUGCACAGAACAUAAGCGCUUGCCAAUUUCGCGUACUGAGACGACGUCAUCGGCCGAUGAGGAACUAUCAUCUACUUCGCAAAAGACAAUCAUUGCUACAAUGCCAGCCGUAGUUAAAAUAUCUGCGCCAUCGGUGGCUAGUGUUUGCCCACCACCUUUGCCCAAUCCAGUGAAUGCAAUGAGAAUCAAUCAUACACCAGUAUUGAAGAAGCAUCAUUUGUUCUUCAAACGACAGUCAGAAAGUUUUCCUCAAGUGGAUCUCGCUGUUAAUAAUAAUAUUAUAAAUUCCUCAAAUAAGACUGAAUCUCUGGCAGUAUCAACAACCACUCCCGUUAUAAUUACAAACAGCACAAAUAUUGCAAAUCACAGCGGUAGUGUUGAACCACAGUUAUCAGCAAUAUCGAUUGGAAGCAACUCAAAUAUCGUCGUUUCCACACCAUUACCACUUGCAAUAAAUACCACAAAUAUAUCUGCCAUAUCGAGCAUAUCUCCUCCCAGUGUAACAUCUGUGGGUGCGCAAAUGCCGCGACAUUCUACCGCCAAGGUUACUACAAUUUCACCACCCUUACCAACAACAAAUAUAAUUGGUGGCAAUAGGCUUUUACAUAAAAUAAAAGCUGGAAAAAUUUUCAAGCAUUCUUUGGAAAAAAUCGGUGUCACGUCCACAGCCUCAUCAGUCUCCUCAUCGACUGUGGAGCGUAUUAAAGCAGGCGAUUUUCAAGAUAUAAAACCAGUAAUGCGAAACGUAACAAAAUCAUAUGUGGUCUCAAAGCCAUUAACGGGCGGGUCCAGUCAGCAGAGUACGCAAUACUAUCCCGUCGGUUCGUCACCAACAUCCACAUGCUCCAAUUCUUCGGCUACUUCUUCCUCAUCAUCCUCGACUGCACCAAAGUUUAGUGACAAUUCCUCAGAUUCUGGUUUCGACGAAAAUUUGCAGGAAAGAAAAUCGGCAAGUCCUCUGCAGGAGGAUACAGAGAAAAAACUGGCAGCUCGUGCAGCAAUAGGCAAUGUGCAUACGAUGUUUUUGGCAAGUGGCGUCCAGAUACAUGGUCAACCUCAAAAUUUAAUGCUUACUGGCAAUGAGGUAGCUGCAAAAUUAUUACAGAAUCGCAAACAACAAAUGGCUAUGAUGGCAACUUCCAGUGUUGGUGCAAUGCAGCAACACUUUCAACAACAACCAUCAGCAACUAAUGUCUCACGUAUUGGUUCGGCUACACCAUCCUUAAAAAUCGCUCCAGUCACCCCCGCUACAAUAUCUAGCAUAGCAGUGGGACAUGCGGCUGGUAGUAAUUCUCACAGCAAGGCGACCUCAGCGACACUAACUACAACUCGUGCAAUCUACAAUAACAAUACCAUACAACAUGAAAACGGUGUGACAACAAUUGUGCCGGCAUCCUCGUUAGCUGCAUCCACACAAACCGCAGCUAUGAAUGCACUGGCUCCUAGUACCGUUACAAUAACACCUGCACCGACGCAUCAAUUAGGAAAUACAGCAUCUAGUGCGUCGUUGGGUUUAACAAAAAAACUGACAACAAGUGGGGUUGGAGUGAAUUUAAUAGCAACCGGUGGCAGCAGUCAAAGCAAUAUUCUACACACAGUAACAAACGCUACUUCACAUUUGAUCAAUCAUGGCAAUAGCACAAUGCUACACCAACAAGCACACCAUCUACAACAGCAGCAACCACUUCAACAUCACAACACGGCGGCGAGCAAUUUGAAUCAGAAAAUUAUUCUACUGAAGACAUCAGGCCCAACCAAGUACAAUAAUUUGGCGAAUAUCAGCAGCAGCAGUCUUAAUAGCGUUAAGCUGCCAAACGGCGGAACACCAAUAGCCGCGUCGCCCGUGAAUACCGGUGGUGUUUGCAAGAAUUGACCAAGCGGCAGUCGACAGAAAAUCACGCGCUAGUGCUUUACUCAGCUCCCACUUCUACAUUUAUAAACAAUAGUCGGUGUGGGAUAGAAAUAUUGAGUUGCAAUGAUUGUUUAUUCGCAUCUUGCGUCCUAUUUACGUUCUUUGAACGUGUACCUUUACUGUUUAAUUGCUUCGUCACGUUGGUGCUGAGCAAUUAUAAGUUGCCAUUUGUGUAGCACAUAGAAAAUACUCGUAAAAAAGCUAUAUUUUUUAAAGAGAAUUAAAAUCCUAAAUAAUCGGAGAAAUAAUCUGGUUCCAAAUUUGAUUUCUGUAAUUGCAGCGAUAACUUCACCAGCUUUGAGAGCUUUUAUAUAUUUUUAGAUUUGUAUUUUAUGCACAUAUUGCCAUUUCAAACAUGCUUAGUUUUAUUCAAACCGUUUUUUUACCUAAUUAUAAAUACACAAUUUCAUUACAAAAUGCACACACCCAUACAGGUGCACCCCCUCACCCUUAAAGAGUUUAUAAGCAUAUGAAAUAUAUUAAGUGAAGUUUACGGUGAUCAUAUUUAAAAAAGAUUAAAUACGCCCCUGCGCUGUUUAUUGUAUUUUGUAAAUUUUUACUUUUUUUUUCUUUUGUAUAUAUUUAAUAUACGAGUAGUAUAUAAUAUGUGAGCUAUUUUAAAGAAUUUCUAAUUAAUUUAAAUUUUGUUGAAAAAUUUGAUUUAUUUGUACAUAUAUGUAUGCAAGUAGUUUUUUAUAUUUAUAAAUGAUAUCCACUCCUAAAAUUAACUUUAAGUAUCGAAUAAAAUUGGAGAAGCAACACCAAAAGUUCUUACCAUUAAAUCGUUUUACUGUUCUAAACGGGGAAAUUCUUUAUAUAUAUACAUAAAUAGUAUUUACUAAAUUAUUGAAUAAGAAAUCAUUUAAAUAUAAUAAACAAAACACACAUACAUAUAUGCUUGAAAAAAUAUGUAAAAAUUGCAUUUCAUCAAUUUCGGAUAGAUCAGUUAUCCAUAGCAGCAAAUUAGUUAAAUACUAUAUAUAUAAUAAACAUAGCGGUAAAAUUUGCAAAAUACUUUGAAAGAAACUCAAAUGCAAGUUCAAUCAAACUCGAGCGUUCGAGUGUAGCCACAAGAUAAAAUCGUAAAUAAUACGAUAAUUCCAUAUUGUAGUCGUGCUAGUAUAAUGUUUCCGUAGCCUUUGGAGCAUCCAUAAUUGGUAUUUAAUCAAUAAUUGUUGGACUAUGAUAGAUAAGCAAACUAAGCAUAAACAUAAGCAAUGAUUUUCCAAAUAAAGAUAAGUGAAUAAUAAAAAUACUGAAUGAAAUAGUUGAA